AUCGUCGCGAUAAAGUAUAUGCCUUACUCGGUAUGAGCUCCGAUAAUCCACCCGCAGCAGGAUUAUUCGCCGACUACAAGAUUUCGUGGAAACAACUCUUCAACAAACUCAUCCACUUCUUCUUAUCUGAAUUGGUCUCUGUAGUAGGCCUUUCGGACGAUAAGGAGAUUGCCGUCAUUGAGGGCAAGGGCUGCAUUCUUGGCGAAGUGUCCUCGGUCAAGAGAAAUGCUACUUGGGAAGACAGACAAGAUGUGGCCAUUACUUGGAGGAAUGCCCCCAGCUAUAUUUGCGUGAAGGAAGCAUGGGGGUUCUUGCUGGACCCUCCCGACCACGGUAAAAUCCGUCCAAAAAGGAGAUGUCGUCUGCCUUCUUCAAGGAGCGUCGAGACCUACGAUCCUCAGGCCAUACAACGAUCACUGGGCAGUUAUAAUGAUUGCAGUUUCCCCAGCGGGCGAUUCACAAGCUACGACCGGAGAUAUCAAGUGGUCAGAACUUUUACAGUCGAUAACAGUCUUUUCACACAAUUUUCGACUUAUCUGGGACUGGGAUAUAGAUCCCGACAGGCAGCAAGAUAAAAACAACCAUGACUACUUUGCAAGCAUUCCAGUACCAGAGCAUUCAAAGAC